CAUCGAACUACGCAACGACAGCUCGAAUGACUGAAUUCGCAUUUCGAAGCCUCGCGUCGGACGCUGAAAUCAGCCCGUGGCUCGAUCAUGUCGUCGAGUGCUUUGCAGACAAGGGCACGCCGCGAUCGUACUUUGAGCGCCACUGGGCGAUGGACCCGUUCCGGUCGCUGAAGGGGAUUCGGAUUGCCACUGAGCAGAGCACGCUCAGUGCUGCUGCGUUGCCGCUCACCAACGGCGUGAUUGCCAGCUCUGUGCGCAUCUACGAUCGACGCGUCUCUCUGCAUGGUCGCGUCCUCGGCGUUGGCGGCAUUGGCGAGGUAUCUACGAAAAAGGCAUUCCGGGGAAAAGGCCUCGCAUCGGCACUCAUGAACGAUGCGCUCGAGUACAUGAAACGCGAGGGAAUUCCACUCGCUGCGUUGCACACCAGCAAUCCGCUGACGGUGGCGUUCUAUGCCAAACUGGGCUGGAUCUCGGUACCACUAUACUUUUACGAGCUUAGCAUCGACCGGCAGCUGCUGGCAAGCGCGCCCAAGACACAAUUUGACAUUUGCGCCGUGCCAAUCGCCAAUCCAACGUCCAACCAGUCAUUCGAUGCCACUGAAUGGCACGAUAUUGCACAGCUGCAUGCCCAUGCAGUGUCAACCUUUAGUGGCAGCUUUGUGCGGCUAAAGCACCCCGAAGCUUCCAUCGACGCGGACAAUGCGGAAUACUGGCGUACCUGGAUUGCAGCUGAGGCGCUCGAGCGACAUACCACCUAUGUGCUUGCACUUUAUCCAGCAACGUCGGCGCACCAACCAAACGAGAAACAACCCCUUCUGGCGUACGGGAUUUUCCAUGUGCGCAUCCAUCCGAAAACCCAAACCGCGCUGCUCGUGCACGCUCGCGAUUUUAUCGUGCGAUCGGAUGCAUCCACAGACGUGUCUGUGCUUUUGGCACUUGCCAACGAAGCAGCGUCCCUCUGGUAUGGGUCGCAUCACCAAGAGCCACUCCCUACCGUGAUUGUCAAAGUCCAGCAAGGCCUGUUGCAAACCAACGCUGCAUCAUUCCCUUCCCUUGUUCAAAACCUGGAAAGCAUCGUCGAUCCAGGCUACAUGUACAAGGUUGUGGACGGAUGUGCGGUUGCAAAUGCGUUACGGCGACCGGAUUUGGCCGUCGACAGUUUGGAAGGCGUCGCCAUGAUUGAACAGCAACUUGCAGCAUUGAUGACCUCUGGCAAUCCUCAGCAGCACAUCUUUUUAGAAAUGGAUGCGUACUGAGCCCCGACAACCAAAUGGCAAUUGUUUUGUACUGUAUUUUCAUGCGAUCACACCAAAACUACAAAACACACAAAAAUCACACUCUUAAUUCAC